UUUAGGCUGGAGACAGAACAAUAUAUUUAAUAUAGAUUAAAGACUGUUAUAUAAGUAGGACCACACCUGCAAGGCCGAGAGAUGCCAUUCAAUUAACUCGAGCUAAUUGAAUAAAUUCUUCUCGCCUUUUCUAUCGUUGGGUUUCUCUUAGCGUUAAAUGUUGAAUAUCUGAUUUCUCAGUUGUCUGGAGUUCAGCUUUGAGGAUCGUAUUGUUAAGGUGUAAUGUCAACUGAUUUAUAAAGUUUCGUUACGAUGAUAUUGAGAAGCUUUUUAUAAUGUAUUUUAAUAGAAAUGUCGGUGAAGUUGUAGUGAAGUCCAGCGGUUGCUUCUAUGACUGCGUUACGUUAUGUCCGAUGCCGAAGUUUGUGAUUCAGUUGGAAAAGAUAUUCAGAGGGAAAUAUCAGACAAACUUUCUGCUGCAAAAGAAUGGGGAAGUUAUUUAUUUUCAAAAGCCGUGAAGUCCAGUGAGGAAGCAGUUAAAAAACUUAGUGAUCGAAUAGAUUUAACCGAAAUCAAAUCAGUUGUAAAUGAUGUAACAGCUUCUGUCAAACAGGUCCCACUCAUACGUGAGUUUGAAAAAGCUCAAGCUGACUUUGCUGUAACAUCUCAAAAUAAGAAUGAAGAAGCAAUUCGUUUUCGUUCAUCAUCUCAAUCUGAACUUCCACCAUGGCAUCCCGAUAUAUGCGGAUUAAGUGAUUGUGAUGCUCUAUCUUCACUGAAAGAACAAAUCCUAGCUUUAAGUCAAAAUCCAAAUAACUUUCUUAUUUCUCCUCCUGAAGAAGCUCAGCUCGAAUGGACAUCACCAAUACCUGACAAUUUAUUACGUGAAGCUCAAAUCCUUUUAAAAGAAGAUCCUAAUUUAGGUUCUAUAAGGUAUCGACUUGUCCCUAGCAAAAUUAGUGAAGAGAUAUUUUGGAGAAAUUAUUUCUAUCGUUUAUCCUUAAUACAGCAAUCUGCUAGCCUCUCCGCUGUUAUGGACGAUGCUCAUCAACCAAACAUGGGUAAUAAUGGUGGUAUUGCAAAUGAUAACAAUGUUUCUGACACUGAUUUUGUAUGCGUUGAACAAAAUCCUAUUUGGUCUAAAAUGAAUACAAAUCUUAAAGAAAAGGAAAAAUCUAAUGAAGUUUCAAAUAAUAAUAAUCGUAAAGCAAAUAAUUCUUCUAUGAAAUCAAAAAUAACAUCCGAUAAAUCUUUAAAUACUUCAAGAUCUAAAGAGAAAUCUAAAAUGAAUUCAACAAACAUUUCAAAAUGUUCACCAACUUCUAUUUUAAACAAUUCACAAAAUAAUGAUAAUUCUUCUCAUAGUUCUUCUACUAAAACAUUGGAAGAACAAUUAGAAGAAGAGAUUGCUCGUGAAGUGGAUGAACUUGUUUUAACUAAAUCAGAGAAUAAUUCUAUUCAUCCAAUUAAUACUAAUAAUAAUAACAAUGAUGAUGAUCUAUCUGUAACAGAUGAAAUUGAUGAAGAAUUAGAAUUGGAAAUAUUAGCUGAAUUAGAAGGUGGUAAUAAUAUGGUCGGUCAUUCCACUAGUUGUAAUGUUGGUGAUAGUGUCAAAGAAGCGAAUAGUUAAUGCAAGAGAAAAAGAAUAUUAGACAAAAACGAAAAAAAAACAAAACAAAAAUUCAUUGAAAGUACACUUUUGAUUCUUUUCUUUUUAUGCCAUUGAAAAUUUAAAAUACAAUAACAAGUGUUUCUUUCUUUUGUAUAACACGCCGUAAUUAUCUUUGAUAUAUAUACAUUAUUGUUUCUUUUUAUUUCGCAAGUAAUGUUGUGUAGUUGCGUUGUUUGUUUCUCUUUUAAUUUUUGUCCAUAGUGUAUGUGGUGUAUUCACCACUUUCCUUUUCACACUUUUUGUUCACAUAUCAAUUAGUGAUCACUAUAUUAUUAUUAUGCUUGUUUAUUUGAUCUUUUUUCCUUCAAAUUUUUAAUUCUUAAAUGCUUUUCACUGUAUUGGAAGGUUUAAUUAUUCAUUUUCACUAAUGAUGUAAUAAAGUUGCUUUACAUAACCAAUUUUAUAUACACG